AUGACUGCGGAUUCGUAUUCCCAACUUGUUCAUGCACAACAAAUUUAUCCUGCACUCAAUGAUGCCACUUGUCAAAUUUUGGGAUCCUAUUCAACAAACACUUCUGCGUAUUCUUCUCGUUCUUGCAAUGCCAUCAAAAUAUUUAGUAACGAAGUCGGACUUGUAAAUUUACAAGGAAUUGACAUUCUCUAUGAUCCAGUGGGUAUUCCAAUAUGUAAUCGUGAAAAUUUCGACUCCCAAUGCGAUAAAUUUCUAAAUUCAAGUUAUUUCGAUCAAUAUGUGAAAUCUGAUUUCACAACCUUGAAUCAGGCCCUUUACCAACGAUACAACAAUACUGGAUUCGUUUGGAAUGUGAAAAUCAUGUCCAAGCCAUGGAUACUUUCAUUUUCUAAUUUUUCAAGUGUCAUUGCUUUUAAAGAAUUGUUAGAGGCUUACAAUUAUUGUAAUUUUUGUUCGCAUUCGAGAUUUGAAGCAUUUCACACUUUGAAAAAUAAUAAUCCAGCCUCUCUUGAAUUUAAAACUUUGGAAUUGGCCUAUUCGAAUAAGCAUUGUGCGAAUGGAAUUCCAGUCAUUGAUGUUCCUGAAUAUUCUGCAACUGGAGAUGGAUAUGAUGUGAGUGUGACGAUUCAAUGUAAUUGUAGAAAUGGAGUGCUGUCAAAUGUUUGUGACUUUUAUUCGGAUGUUAUUUAUCCACUCUUUUCAGGAAAGGAGAUUUUGAUUACUUCGAUAGUUACCUAUUCCUUACUAUUUCUUGCCUCAGUUUUUCUCAAUUUUAUUCCAAUUUUGGCAGGUGACGUGAGAAAAUUCAUUCGGUCUGACAAGUCCUUGAAAACAUUUUUCUUUAGUUUUACUGACCUUCGAUUGCAAGCUUCCUUUUUAUUUACUCUUUCCAUGAUUUUGGCAAUUAUUUCAAGUUGUCUCGGAGUUGCUGGAAAUCCAUACGCAGUGUUGACCAUGACAUUGGCAGCAUGUUUGGAAUUUAUUGCAUACAUUCCAAUUUUAUUUUGUUGGAUUGAUGUCAUUUAUAGAACUGAGAUGAACAUGACCAAGGCUUCUUGGAUGAUCAAUUCGUUGGCCAUUAUUUUCUCGCUGACAUUUGUGUUUGCACUAGCUCUUUAUAUGAUUGGAUACUUGAUUUUGUCUGUCAGUUUUAAUUAUGCUGUAUACAUUGUAGUUCAGAUUUUCCUCGUUGUGGUUAUUAUUGCUGCUGUGGUCAUUGUUUUUAUUUUAAUUGUGACAGCUGGCAGAUUAUUAUUGAUUCUCUCCAAAACAAAGAAGAUUAACAUUUUGAGCUAUCGAUUUACAAGAUUUUUAAUUUAUGUCACAAUCUUUACUUGUCCUUAUCUCAUACAAGCUGCUUACUACAUCAUGACAUCUGUUGAGCCACGAAUGGUAUGCAGAUUCUAUGCUCUGUUUUCUUAUUUCCUUUCCUCUCUCUGUGUUUCUCUCAUUUCAUUUGGAUUUCUCUACAUUUUAUACAACACGGAUGAUUUGUUAAAGGCAUAUCCAUGCUUGGAUAAGAUUGUAAACAAGAUUGACAUUAAGAAGAUUGCAUGCAGCACAUGUGUUGCAAAGGCUGAUCCUCAAGUACCUCGUUUGUCACUCUCGUUCAUUGCUCCAAACGUUUCUGUGUCCUAUGCCGAUUACAAUUUGAUGUUUCGCAAUGCAACCUAUUAUUAUGAUUAUUAUUCAAGAGCAGAAAGAAUUGAUUUGCUGGAUAUUGACAAGACUUAUUUAACCAAUAGAACCAUUAUCAAUUUUUAUGGUCCUCGUGUCCCUGAUGGCAAGAAACAAGUUCCUGUCACAACCUACAUCAUUGAGUAUCAACAAAUGACCAUUAACAACAAGUUGCUCACUUUUUACAACUGCACCAAGACAAAUCGAUAUUGGCAAUUUGGAUAUGGUAUGAGUGAUAUGCCUUUCUGGAGCAUCAAACUCAACGACCCUACUUAUAAAGUUUCCUUUGUGAAAUACCAACUUGAAGGUGCAUUGAGAUAUGAAUUAUGGCAAGAUCAAUACAAUGGAGAAUCCCUAAUCUAUCAUAUCAGUACAGAGAGCAGAUCUCUUGAGUUUGCUCAGUUAUUGUUUGCUCGAGAUUAUAUGGUUGCAUUGGACGUUGCAGGAACUCAACUCACUACUGGAUUGCAUCGUGAAUAUUUCAACAUUAAGAAUUUUGGAUGCGAAUAA